CUCCUUCCUCCGGAAAGCGGAAGCGGAAGUGACGUUAGGGGAAGGUGGGGGCAAUCAUGGUGCCGCUGGGGAGGGGAGAAGCUGCUGCCGCCGCUGUUGCCGGGAGCCGCGGAGAAAGCUCAUUAUCUUUCCAUUUCUCACAAUUGGGCUGAAUACGACUGAACCAUGGGGGAACACAGUCCAGACGACAACAUCAUCUUCUUUGAGGCAGAGGAAGAUGACCUGACCCCCGAUGACAAGAUGCUCAGGUUUGUGGAUACCAACGGACUGGUGCCUUCCUCAUCUGGAACUGUUUAUGAUAGGACCACUGUUCUUAUUGAGCAGGACCCUGGCACUUUGGAAGAUGAAGAUGACGAUGGACAGUGUGGAGAACACUUGCCUUUUUUAGUAGGGGGUGAAGAGGGCUUCCACCUAAUAGAUCAGGAAGCAAUGUCCCAGGGUUAUGUGCAACACAUUAUCUCACCAGAUCAAAUUCAUUUGACUAUAAACCCUGGUUCCACACCCAUGCCAAGAAAUAUUGAAGGUGCAACCCUUACUCUACAGUCGGAAUGUCCGGAAACAAAACGUAAAGAAGUAAAGCGGUACCAGUGCACCUUUGAAGGCUGUCCCCGUACCUACAGCACAGCAGGCAACCUGCGUACCCACCAGAAGACUCAUCGAGGAGAGUAUACAUUCGUCUGUAAUCAGGAGGGCUGUGGCAAGGCCUUCCUCACCUCUUACAGCCUCAGGAUCCAUGUGCGAGUGCACACGAAGGAGAAGCCAUUUGAGUGUGAUGUGCAGGGCUGUGAGAAGGCAUUCAACACACUGUACAGGCUGAAAGCACAUCAGAGGCUUCACACAGGGAAAACAUUUAACUGUGAAUCUGAAGGCUGCAGCAAAUACUUCACCACACUCAGUGAUCUGAGGAAGCACAUUCGAACCCAUACAGGAGAAAAGCCAUUUCGAUGUGAUCAUGAUGGCUGUGGAAAAGCAUUUGCAGCAAGCCACCACCUUAAAACUCAUGUCCGUACACAUACCGGUGAAAGACCCUUCUUCUGCCCCAGUAAUGGCUGUGAGAAAACGUUCAGCACUCAAUACAGUCUCAAAAGUCACAUGAAAGGUCAUGAUAACAAAGGACACUCAUACAAUGCACUUCCACAACACAACGGAUCAGAGGUGCGCAGUGAUCUUCUCUCUUGUUUUGAUCUGCGCAUCACAAAACAGCAACUGUUUGUGUCUCACACAAAAAAGGAUACAAAUCACUCACUUUACCUGAGUGACUUGUGCCUUCUGUCCACAGAUUCAGAACUGCAAGAAAAUUCCAAUACUACACAGGGCCAGGACCUCAGCACAAUUUCACCAGCAGUCAUCUUUGAAUCGAUGUUCCAGAAUUCAGAUGAAUCAGCAAUUCAGGAAGAUCCUCAGCAGACAGCUGCCUUGAUUGAAAGUUUUAAUGGUGAUGCAGAAUCAGUCAGUGAUGUUCCACCACCUGCAGGAAAUUCAGCAUCUUUAUCUCUUCCGCUUGUACUGCAGCCUGGCCUCUCCGAGCCACCCCAGCCUCUGCUGCCAGCCUCAGCUCCGUCCGCUCCUCCACCUGCUCCCUCCCUAGGACCCGGUUCCCAGCAAGCUGCAUUUGGCAACCCCCCUGCUCUCUUACAACCUCCAGAAGUGCCUGUUCCCCACAGCGCGCAGUUUGCUGCUAAUCAUCAAGAGUUUCUUCCGCAUCCCCAGGCACCGCAGCCCAUCGUACCAGGACUUUCCGUUGUUGCUGGGGCUUCUGCAUCAGCAGCGGCGGUGGCAUCGGCCGUGGCAACACCAGCCCCACCACAAAGUACUACUGAGCCCUUGCCAGCCAUGGUCCAGACUCUGCCUCUGGGUGCCAACUCUGUCCUAACUAAUAAUCCCACCAUAACCAUCACCCCAACUCCCAACACGGCUAUCCUGCAGCCCAGCCUAGUUAUGGGAGAACAGAACUUACAAUGGAUAUUAAAUGGUGCCACCAGUUCACCACAAAACCAAGAACAAAUUCAACAAGCAUCUAAAGUUGAGAAGGUGUUUUUUACCACUGCAGUACCAGUAGCCAGUAGCACAGGGAGCUCUGUCCAGCAGAUUGGCCUCAGUGUUCCUGUGAUCAUCAUCAAACAAGAGGAGGCGUGUCAGUGUCAGUGUGCAUGUCGGGACUCUGCAAAGUAGUGGGUGGCUGCCUGGAGAAAGGGCUGUUCUUCCCCCCUCCAGAGCUGAAUCCCCAGCCUCCUGAUGGUCCCAGCCCACAGCUGCCACCCCAGACUUUUUCCUCACCCCUGUCGCCUGUCAUCAUCCUCCACAACCCUCUUCCUGUGAGCAAAGCAGAUAGGCCAAGGCUCCUUCAGACCCUGAGACAGAAAUGUUAAGUGCCAUGGAUGUGUCAGAGUUCCUGUCCCUCCAGAGCAUGGACACCCCGUCCAAUCUGAUUCCCAUUGAAGCACUACUGCAGGGGGAGGAGGAGAUGGGCCUGACCAGCUUCUCCAAAUGAAGGGCCCAUGUGUGCUCACCUCCAGGAAGAGGGCAAGCAGGAAGCAUGAGGUGUGAUGCCUACCAUCAUGGGGUCAGAAAUCAGAAGGAUGAAGAAAUCUGCUGUUUGAAAGCCUCACCUUUCAGACGUAUUUUCUUUAUUCACAUCCCAGGAACAUCCAUUUUAAGGAACUGAUCUUUGGAAAAAACAAAAACAAAACAAACAAAAAAAAAAAAGCUAAGUUAUAAAUGAACUGUUUGGCUGCACUGUAUGUCACUUUUGCUUAUUGUCAUGUGAACUUGGAAAUUAAGGUUACUCGUAUGCAUAAAAAUUCUAAAUGAAAGGGUGUGGUUUCCAUCAAUCUGGUACUGCCCAGCACUGGCACUGGGCUCUUUGUGGAUGGGCAGUAGAGUUCAGUGUGUUGGCGGUGCUCCUCCUCCCUGUGUGUCUUUUACUCUGAGGCUGACUCCUGCUCAGAAGGCCAGAUCUUCACUCCAUCUAAGUGGGCAGUGGCAAGAGCAAGUGAGACAGCUGUGACUUGGACAGGGUUUGGGUGAGAUGGCUUUGCUGUUUGCUAUUGGUGUCAGUAGAGCUCAGGGUGGAUGCCGCAGGGGCUGUCGUGCAGUGUGCUCAGCACAAAUAGGCAACUUAAAGCCUAGUCCACCAGCUUGGGAUGAUCUGGUUCUGAAAGGGCCCAGGCAAGUUGUUGACUGCUGUAUGUCAAUGAUGUGUGUGCAGAGCAGGCUCUAGCAACACAGUCACACUCUUUGCCUUCCUGGUUCUUUCCAUCUCUCAGUUUGCUUGCCAGGGCUUACAGGUCAUAGUGAAUUUUCCUUGGGGAACAUCCCUGUUUUGUGCUAGAGUGAACAUGUGGCUUAUGGCCAGUUGCCAGAUGGUGGUCUGCCUUCCUUUUAAUGAUAUUUUCCUCCUCAACAGAAUGGCUGUGUUUUGCUUAUCAGGCGAAGGUGCAAAUUGAAGGGAGUGUGGAUGAGGUGGCAGGUAAUUGGCAGGCCAGGUAUUCUGGUUCCAGGUUCUAGCCAGGUUUUUGGUUGCCCUCUCCUUUCUCCAGCCCUCACUCUCUGGAUUUUGCAUACAGCCUAGUACAGUGCAAACAAGGAUGUGACUUGCUCAGCUUAGUCAUGUGAUUUCUAAACAAAAAAGAAAAAAAGAAAAAAAAAAAAAGAAAACCACGAUGAUCUUCUACUCAGGGUAAAACAAAAUAAAAAAUUCCCCUUCCACCAAAAAGCCUGAAAUGUUGCAAUAAGUUAUCUCAUUUGGAAUGUUUAAUUAAGUUGUAUUAUAGGAAAAAAAUUUUUUUGAUUUGAUUUGUGAAUAGAAUUAUAUCCAUCUGUCUGCCUUUGGCUUCAAGUCAUUGCCUCUUAAAAUAAAACAUAAAAUACAAUCCACACUAGAA